AUGAGCGACUCAAUGGUGCUGAUCACUGGCGCGACUGGCUUCAUCGGAUUCCGAAUACUUGUUGAAGUCCUCAAGGAAGGAUACGCAGCGAGGGUCGCAGUACGAUCUUCUGAAAAGUUCGAAGUAUUAGCCCAACAUCCGCUUCUACGGCCGUAUAGCCUCGACGGGCGUCUCCAGUCUGUUGAAGUUCGAGACUUCUCUGCUCUGGAUGCCUGGCAAGACGCUCUGGAAGGAAUCACCUUCAUCAUGCAUGUGGCUUCGCCACUGCCUUUACCCAUGUUGGACCCAGAGAAGGACGUCUACCAGCCCGCCGUGAGUGGAAAUGACAAUCUUCUUGAGGCUGUGCUCAAGUCUUCGACCCUGAAACGCGUUAUCCUCACAUCCUCUAUCGUUGCCACAAUGCCGCUUCCGCCUCGCGGACCAGGGCCUUACGGCCCAGACUAUCCACUUGCUCAACAAGAGCCGGGAUCUAUGGAAACCCAUAAGCCAAAGUUCGACAUCAUCAAUACCUUCCCUGGCUAUACGUUCGGCAGGAACGAAAUGGCGACGAGCGCACAGAGCAUGUUCUCCGCACUGAGGGUCACAAGGGCGGCACAUUUAGAUGAUGUCGCGAAAGUUCAUGUUCGAGCGUUGGAUCCGAAGGUCGAGGGCGAUCGGAACUAUGGCGUUUCAGUGCCCAUGCAAUACAAUGAUGCCAUAGACAUCGCCCGCAAGAAUUUCCGGGACGCAUUUGAAAAGGGAGUACUGAAGCCUGGGAACCAGCCCAGCGAAGUGGUUGAGUGGGAUGCGCGGGGAACAGAGAGCGCGUUUGGUAUAAAGUUCAAAGGGUUCGAGGAGAUGGUGGUGGAUGUUGUUUCUUAG